AUGGCAGACCAGUAUGAUUCCAAGUUCGACGCACCCGAAGGCACCACAAUCGACGGACCAAUACGUAUCAAGGCGAUAUAUAUAUAUCCGGUCAAGUCAUGCGGGCCUAUUGAGUUGAAUAGAGCCUUGCUCACCAAGCCUGGUUUUAUGUAUGAUCGAUGUUUCGCGUUUGCAACGGAAAACGUGAAAGGAGACACCGCAUCAGAGUGGCGAUUUAUCAGCCAGCGCACCAAGCCAUACAUGUCCCAGAUAAAGACGGAAUUAUGGCUUCCCCACAAGGACAGCAAUCCGCGUGAUCCGCUAGUUGAGGCAGGUGGAUGUGUGGUAAUGACCUUCCGAGACCUGGAUAGUCCUAGCUGGAUCAAUCGGCUGGAGACAUUUCUUCAUAAGCGGGAUCUCUCCAUGACACCACAGUUCUCUGUCAUUGCGCCUCUUCAGCCAACUCCUACCCAGAUAGGCCAAUUUCACGUACGGUUGAAAAACUUUGGCAUCCAUCACCGUGUUGCAAAGGGCCUCGAUAUGGCAAAUAUUCCCUCUGUUGCGGCAUCGUUGCCUAAGUUGAAAAAUGUUCUGAAAAUCCCGGAACGUCAAUGCCUUACGCUCUUGAAGUGUACGCCAGAUACACUUCACCGCACGGAUAGGAACCUCGCGCCACUUGAAAAUAUUGGUACCCCGGCUGUGCACGGCUAUACAGAUCAGCAACCCCUCAACAUUAACAGCUUGUCUACUGUACACGCUGUAUCAGUGCUCCUUCCCAUCGAGAAUCAACCCCUCAAUGCACUUCGCUACCGUGCAAAUAUAUGGAUCACAGGCACUCCUGCAUACGAGGAAGAGACUUGGAAACGCUACUGCAUCUUAUCAAAGAGUGAAAAUUGGGAGCCGCGAGCCACGGUCGUGCCGAAAUUGUCUGUUGUUUGCCGCACAUCUCGAUGUAUCGUACCUAACGUCAACCUAGAAACGGGGAUGCCCGAAACAGAUAUCCCGCCUCCAUGGAAGAAAAGAGGUAAACCACAACCAAGCACGACGUUAGUGAAGCACCGUACAGUUGAAAAUGGCAACAAAAUGGCGCUUGGCUACAUAGGCAUGCAUUGCGUGCCGGAGGAUCUGGACUUGAAGGAGGCCGAGAUACAGAAAGCAGGAUUAUACAUUGCAGUCAGUGACGAGAUUGAGGUUCUCGAACGAGGGGUGCAUCUUUAUGGGUCGACUGGUAGUGACUACUAG